AUGGCCCUCCUCCCUCUGCUGCCUGGAUCCCGCGCCAGCCCCUCCUUCCUCGCGCCUCCCUCUCCUGCACCCCAUCGCUGGAUCGCCCCCGCCUCUGCCUCCGGCCACCGCCAGCGAGCAGCUCCGCCAGAGCCAUGCCUACUCGCCGGACCGCCUCUGCCAUGGCCUUCCUCCAGCCCCGAGUCGCUGCUCCUCCUCCACGCCACAGCCACCUCCUCUCCCGCUCCUCCUUCGCUUGUCGCCGCGCUGGCCAUCAACUCCGGCGUGCGCUGCCUCCGCAUCCGAGCUGCUCUGCUCCGCAUCUCCCUUCUCCUCUUCGGGUUCGUUCCCAUCGCCACCUCGAGCCCCAAGCGUCGCCCCGUCCUCCGCGAGCACCCGCGCCCGCAACCAUCUUCAGCCGCUCCCGCUGCAGCCCCAGCUCCUCCCCUGUUUUGA